AUGUUCAGUGGUUCUAUAUCAGAGGAUGCUAUGUUCAUUGGCCCUAUAUCAGGGGAUGCUAUGUUCAGUGGUUCUAUAUCAGGGGAUGCUAUGUACAGUGGUUCUAUAUCAGGGGAUGCUAUGUUCAUUGGCCCUAUAUCAGGGGAUGCUAUGUUCAGUGGUUCUAUAUCAGGGGAUGCUAUGUUCAUUGGCCCUAUAUCAGGGGAUGCUAUGUUCAGUGGUACUAUAUCAGGGGAUGCUAUGUACAGUGGUUCUAUAUCAGGGGAUGCUAUGUUCAUUGGCCCUAUAUCAGGGGAUGCUAUGUUCAGUGGUUCUAUAUCAGGGGAUGCUAUGUUCAUUGGCCCUAUAUCCGGGGAUGCUAUGUUCAGUGAUUCUAUAUCAGAGGAUGCUAUGUUCAGUGGCCCUAUAUCAGGGUAUGCUAUGUUCAUUGGCUCUAUAUCAGGGGAUGCUAUGUACAGUGGUCCUAUAUCGGAGGAUGCUACGUACAUUGGCCCUAUAUCAGAGGAUGGUUUGUUCAGAUGGCCUAUACCAGAGGAUGGUAUGUUCAGUAAUUCUAUAUCAGGGGAUGCGAGGUUCAGUGGUUCUAUAUCAGGGUAUGCUAUGUUCAUUGGCCCUAUAUCAGGGGAUGAUAUGUUCAGUUCCACUAUAUCAGGGGAUGCUAUGUUCAGUGGUCCUAUAUCAGGGGAUGCUAUGUUCAGUGGUCCUAUAUGA